UCUCAAACAACUAAAGAACAACAAGGUGCCAGGGAAUGACGGAAUUACAGCAGAAGUCCUGAAAGCAGGCGUAAAACCAGUACGUAAAAUCUUUCAGCGAUUGUUCAGUUCCGUUAUCCACGAAGGCAUAACGCCAGAGGCAUGGCACAGGAUCCGGUGGAGACAUGGGCUGUGUUGAGAUCUUUGCUGAGGACUAGAGACUAUCGCUACAUCCAAUUGCUAAAGAGUUUGUACGAAAGCGCCACCAUGAUAGUACGCAUAUAAUACCAGACUACAAGACCUAUCCAACUACAGCGAGUUAUAUCCCCAAAGCUAUUUACCGCUGCGUAAAUACAUAUAUAUGUAGGACAAGCAGUUAACUUGGGUCAGUCCAAUUUCGAGAAAGAGAUAAACCUAGUAAACUGUCGAAUCGAACUCGGUUGGGCAGCGUUCAGGAAACUUGGCGAUGUCUUCUCAUCCGGAACACCUCAGUGCCUGAAGACUAAUGUCUUCGAACAGUACGUGUUACCGGUGAUGACAUACGGAGCUGAGACGUGGUCACUGACAAUGGGCCUCAUAAGAAGGCUAGGAGUCGCACAACGGGCGAUGAAGGAACUGUGCUCGGUGUUUCUCUAUGUGAUCGAAUCAGAAAUGAGGAAAUCCGUAGAAGAAAUCGAGUAACCGACAUAUCUAAACGGAUCGCCAUGCUGAAUGUGGCAAUGGGCAGGGCACAUUAAUUCUGCGAUGGACGUUGGGGUCCUAAGGUGCUUCAAUGGCGACCUCGCACCGGGAAACGCAGUGUCGGUAAGCCCUGAGGUGGAUUGACGAUAUCAAACGAGUCGGGGGGACCCACUGGAUGCAGAAAUUCAGGAUCAUUGUUUACGGUUCUGGGUAAAAACCUUUAAACAAUAACCGCUUGGAAUAUGGGUGUCAGCUUUACGCAGAGUUAGUGUCAGAUAAAGUUGAACACAAUUUUGCAAGAAUGAAUGUUAAUAAAUUUGAGAUAUUGAUAUUGCGUUCAUUAUUGAAUAACAAGCUAAGAAAGAAUGAUACAAUUUAUAGAGAUACCAUUACUGUGAAGGAAAUAUACUACUAACAUUGCGAUUUUUAGCAACUGGAGAUUCGUACGUCAGUUUGCAGCAGCGUUGCCAGUUUUUUCUUUUUGCCAAGUCAGGAUUUAGGAACUUUUUGAGUGAAAAAAGCGGGAUUCUUUCGUCGAAAGCGGGACAUAGUAAAACAACGUACUUAUUUCAUCAAAAGUUUUUAUAUAUAUAUCUUUUUAUUUGAGUUCAAAUUACGUUUACGUGACCUACUAAAAAUAUGUAUAGAAAAUGUAUUUUAAUAAAAAUAUGAUAUUUUAAAUCAGAUUUACCCUAUCGUUAUAUAGUUGGUCGAGUUAUUCCCGCAAAGCUGGAUUGAGCCUAUCCCGCGCGGGUCAUUUAAUUUUGUUUUAAAAAUCGGGACGGCCCGCCAAAAUCGGGAUGUCGGGCAACGCUGGUUUGCAGUAUCUCUUCCGCAUCUUUUGGGUCCCAUAAACAUUUAAAUUCCUUAUAAAGUGAUAUUAGACGGCGACUUUGCGAAAUGUUCAUGGGUGGUGGAUCGCGCGAACCACACAGAAUCGUACACACCGCACGCGCCACCCAACUGAGGCACCUUUUUGAGGCUUUCAAAAACCCGACAUUGUACGGAUCGAACGCAGCAGGGGUGCGAGUUUCAAUACGAACGUAUGGAUCGCGCUCGGCACGUCCACACCGCCGCCCUGCACAUUCGGAUCGCGCGCCUGCCGCGUGCGAUCGGAGCGCGAUGGAUGAUCUGGUGUAGACCCGCUGAAUAGAACAUUACGUAUAUUUUAGCACGAAAAGUAAAUUUUGGUUACAACAGUUUAGGUUAACUAUUCCAAAAACCCUUUUGUGCUAAGCUCCCCCUUAGGUCCCGAUUGUCCCCAGUUUUCCGUUAAUAAGUUCGCUGCUGAUAUAAUUUAUAACUGAUAAGAGUUUCAUAUCUAGGUUAUCUUUUUGCUAUCUCAAAUAAUCUAAUAUGGAGUUGCUGAAUUAUCUAUUUAAAAGUACCUACUAAAUAAUAUGAGAUAUUUAAUUAGAUAUUUACAAACAUUUCUGCAUAGAUUUUACAAAUGUUAAAUAAAAAUCAAAUUUUAAAAUCGUAUACCUGUAAAAUGACUUGGGAGAACAACUGUGUUGUAAAAUUGAACAGCGAUUCGACCGAAAGUUUCUAUUGUGGUGAUAUUGUAACCGGUACAGUAAUACUAAAAUUCAAACGCAAAGAAAAUAUAGAAAGGAUAGAUUUUGUAGUUUGUGGCACCAGUAAGGCCAGUUGGACAAGACCCAGCCCAACGAUACCGCAUAUAAAGUUUUAUUCGCAAAAGAAGAAAGUGCUUCACAUUGAUAUCGACCUUUUUGGUAACAUAAAAGGUAAACCAGUGGAGGCUGGUGAAUAUGAAUAUCCAUUUUGUUUCGCGUUACCACAAGAUUUGCCGUCAUCUUUCGAAAGCUCUAUUGCAAAAGUUGAGUAUAGUAUAAAAAUUAAGUGCACAGGAUCUUUUAAAUUUAAUAAGACCCAACCAUUCGUCGUUUUAGGAAAUGUUAAUCUUAAUCAUAUUGAAAAAUAUUUGGAACCGUCGUGUCAUGAGAUAAAUAAAAUAUUUUGGAACAAUGGACCAAUUUCAUGUCUUGUCAAAACAUACACAGCAUUUUCUUCCAAUCAAAGCGUGCCUAUUGAAGUGACCAUAACAAAUAAAAGGAAAAUUAAAUUAUACAAACUUAGUGCUUUCUUAGUUCAGAAAUUAAAAUAUACUAUGACGCAAGGCCAUGCUGACGAGGAAAAAAUUGUUUGUAAAAUAAGCAAAAAAGAUUUCCAAAACCUGGAAAAAGAGACGUGUAGUCUUAAUUUAAACAUACCACACCUGAUCCCUUCUAGCAUAUACACACAGGACCCUAUGAUUGGCAUUUCGUAUGUUCUAAGGGUACAAUUAAAAUUGCCAUUUCACCUUGCGACAUUGUCCGAAGAUAUACCUGUUAUAGUGGCAACAGUUCCCGUACUACAUUAUGAUAUUGAUGAAUUUUAAAAAACAGAAAAUAUGUGAUUUGUUUUAAAAAACCUAAUAUGUAUUUAAAUACCUUACAUUUUUAUUGGAUACCUAAAAAAUGGUUUCUCUAUGAAUUUCCAAAUUAUUAAAUUAACCCACCUUUGGCAAAGUUUUAUUGUCCAUUAUUGAAUUUAGUGCAAAAAUAAGAAGAGAGCAUAUAAUCGCACCGUUUUCUUCGCAAUUCGAAACCCGGCCAGCAGCUGGUUUGUUUUUAGUGUUUUUUAGCGUACGAGUGCGAUUUUUGACUUUAAAUAUGAAGUUGAUGAAAAAUAUAAAUAAUAGUCUUUUUUAAAAUUAAUAUUGCAAUUAGUAUUUUCAAUAUUUUCUCGCACCUUUUUUACAUGAUCCUGAUUUUUGUAAGAACGGUGCUUAUUCAGGCCUAAAAAUAAAUGUAACAUCAGUCUCUCCUUUUCAUUCUUUAUAGCAAAUGACAAGGAUUGGAAACUGUUGUCAAAUUUAAUUUUGCCUUUAGAAAGUCGCGCCGGAAUCGACACCACUGUCAAAUCCGAAAUUACGCUACGUUUGCGUUUUAGUGGCAAAUAUUAAAAUGAUCCAAAAUAGAAUAUUGAAAAUAAAAAUAAAUUAAUUAAUAAUCUUUAUUUCUACACCACCUACUUACAAAUCAACAUCACCCUGAAUCCCGUAUACUAGUUAAGUAUAUAAUUUACAUUCAUUAGAUAUACGGAUAAGGAAUUGAUUUAAAUUUACACAUUUUUGCGAAUAUUGAGGCCCAUAAGGCCUUGACCCUGAUGGUAGGGUGUCGUUUAGACUACCGCAAGGUACUUAAUACUCCGCUUGAUAUUAACUCCCUUAUUGAAGUGGAAAGACUGCAGUAUAUACCGUCUUAUAAUCUUAACUAAAAAGUGUUAAAUAAAAAAGGUUAAUUCAAAAAAUCAAAAAACCCGACUGCUUAAAUAUUACUUCAAAUUAAAACUGAAAAGAAAAAAACAAGUCCUGUAGUCUAUAAUUCUG